AUGGCUCUUCUCGUCGACAAGCUGCGUCCACGGACGCUCGAUGCGCUCUCAUACCAUCCUGAGCUCUCGGAUCGCCUUCGGUCCUUGGCACAAAGCGGAGACUUUCCUCAUCUACUGGUCUACGGUCCAUCAGGCGCUGGCAAGAAAACGCGUAUUAUCGCGACUCUGAAGGAACUCUACGGCCCCGGUGUUGAAAAGAUUAAGAUCGAUGCCCGGGUCUUCCAAACCACCAGCAACCGCAAGCUCGAAUUCAACAUCGUAUCCUCCGUCUACCACCUCGAGAUUACUCCCGCUGACGUCGGCACCUAUGACCGGGUCGUGGUUCAGGAAUUGCUGAAGGAGGUUGCCCAGACACAACAGGUGGACCUGUCGGCGAAGCAACGGUUCAAGGUUGUCGUGAUCAACGAAGCCGACCAUCUCACGCGUGACGCACAGGCCGCGCUGAGACGGACGAUGGAAAAAUACAGCCCGAACUUGCGCUUGAUUCUCCUGGCCAACAGCACCUCUAACAUCAUUGCUCCAAUUCGCUCGCGUACCCUGCUGGUCAGGGUGGCUGCGCCUACUGAAAACGACAUCUGCUCGGCGCUUCGGGUCGCUGCAAAGAGAGAGGGAUGGACCGAGGCUGAUGGGCUGAACAAAAGAAUCGCGAAGGAGAGUGGUCGGAAUCUACGCCGUGCAUUGCUUAUGUUCGAGGCUAUUUAUGCGCAGAAUGAAAAAGUCACAGACAACAGCCCCAUCCCGCCUCCAGACUGGGAGGCACUUAUCUCGGUUACCGCAGACGAGAUUAUAAGGGAACGAUCUCCCGCUCAACUUUUGCAGGUCCGCGCACAACUCUAUGAUUUGUUGACACACUGCAUCCCCCCGACUACCAUUCUUAAGACAUUGACAUUCAAGCUCGUGUCAAAAGUUGACGAUGUGCUUAAGCCGGAUGUGAUCAAAUGGUCUGCCUUUUACGAGCAUCGGAUCAAGCUAGGCAGUAAAGUGAUUUUCCACCUCGAGGCCUUUGUGGCCAAGUUCAUGCGUAUCUACGAAAGUUGGACGAUGGGCAUGGAUUUCGAAUAA